CCACCAGAGUUCCAUGUCCUAUCCUUUCCAUUGAAAACUUCCCUAUUCUUUAUCCCUCUGGGAGUAUGGACCAAAAUUCUUUAUGAGGUGCAGAAGGUGGAAGAUCUGGCUUCUGCAGUUGCUUCUCCGCUGAGCAUUGAUGUUGAAGACAAUAGAUGUGCAUCUUCAAGUGCAGCUUCCUGCUCCAAAUGCCUUGCUCUGGGUCCAGAAUGUGGAUGGUGUGCUCAAGAGGAUUUCAUCUCAAGUGGAUCAAGGAGUGAACGUUGUGAUAUUAUUUCCAAUUUAAUAAGCAAAGGCUGUUCACCUGACUCAAUAGAAUAUCCAUAUGUGCGUGUAAUGCCAAUAGAAAAUGAAAUUAAUACCCAGGUGACACCAGGAGAAGUUCAGAUCCAGCUGCGUCCAGGAGCUGAAGCUAAUUUCAUGCUGAAAAUACACCCCCUAAAGAAAUAUCCUGUGGAUCUUUAUUAUCUGGUUGAUGUUUCAGCAUCAAUGCACAAUAAUAUUGAAAAAUUAAAUUCUGUCGGAAAUGAUUUAUCUAAAAAAAUGGCAUAUUUCUCCCAAGACUUCCGCCUUGGAUUUGGCUCAUAUGUUGAUAAAACAGUUUCACCAUAUAUUAGCAUCCAUCCAGAAAGAAUUCAUAACCAAUGCAGUGACUACAAUUUAGAUUGUAUGCCUCCCCAUGGUUAUAUUCAUGUGCUCUCUUUGACGGAGAAUAUCACUGAAUUUGAGAAAGCAGUUCACAGACAGAAGAUUUCUGGAAAUAUAGAUACACCAGAAGGAGGUUUUGAUGCCAUGCUUCAGGCAGCUGUCUGUGAGAGUCAUAUUGGAUGGCGAAAAGAAGCUAAAAGAUUGCUGCUAGUGAUGACGGAUCAGACAUCUCAUCUCGCUCUUGAUAGCAAGCUGGCAGGCAUCGUGGUGCCAAAUGAUGGAAACUGCCAUCUGAAAAACAACGUCUAUGUCAGAUCAACAAGCAUGGAACAUCCCUCAUUAGGCCAGCUUUCAGAAAAAUUAAUAGACAACAACAUUAAUGUCAUUUUUGCAGUUCAAGGAAAACAGUUUCAGUGGUAUAAGGACCUUCUACCCCUCUUGCCUGGGACCAUUGCUGGUGAAAUAGAGUCAAAGGCUGCAAAUCUCAAUAAUUUGGUAAUAGAAGCCUAUCAAAAACUCAUUUCAGAAGUGAAAGUUCAAGUGGAAAACCAAGUAAAAGGUGUUUACUUUAACAUCACUGCAAUAUGUCCAGAUGGAGCCAGAAAGCCAGGCACAGAUGGAUGCCGUAAUGUGACAAGCAAUGAUGAGGUUCUUUUCAAUAUAACAGUUACAAUGAAAAACUGUGAUGUCACAGGAGGAAAAGGCUAUGCAAUAAUCAAACCUAUUGGUUUCAAUGAAACCACUAAAAUCCAUAUACAUAGAAACUGCAGCUGCCAAUGUGAUGGCAGCAGAGGACCUAAGAGAACAUGUGUAGAGGAAACUUUUCUAGAUGCCAAAUGCUUCCAGUGUGAUGAAAAUACAUGCCAUUUUGAUCAGUUUCUUUCUGAGAGCUGCAAGUCACACAAAGAUCAACCUGUAUGCAGUGGCCGAGGAGUUUGUAUUUGUGGAAAAUGUGCAUGUCACAAAAUGAAGCUUGGGAAAGUGUUUGGAAAAUACUGUGAAAAGGAUGACUUUUCUUGUCCAUAUCACCAUGGAAAGCUGUGUGCUGGACAUGGAGAAUGUGCAGCGGGGAGGUGUCAGUGUUUCAGUGGCUGGGAAGGCGAUUGGUGUCAGUGCCCAUCAGUAUCAUCACAGCACUGUGUCAAUGCAAAGGGCCAAGUGUGUAGUGGAAGAGGCACAUGUGUGUGUGGCCGUUGUGAGUGUACCGAUCCGAGGAGCAUAGGUCGCUUCUGUGAACACUGUCCCACAUGUCACACGGCCUGCAAUGACAACUGGAAUUGUGUGCAAUGUCUUCACCCUCAUAAUCUGUCUCAAGCUAUACUUGAUCAGUGUAAAACCUCAUGUGCUCUCAAGGGACCACAUUAUAUGGACCAAACAUCAGAAUGUUUCUCCAGUCCAAGCUACUUGAGAAUAUUUUUCAUUAUCUUCAUAGUUACAUUCUUGAUUGGUUUGCUUAAAGUCCUUAUCAUCAGACAGGUGAUACUACAAUGGAAUAGUAAUAAAAUUAAGUCCUCAGCAGAUUACAGAGUGUCAACCUCAAAAAAGGACAAGUUGAUUCUGCAAAGUGUUUGUACAAGAACAGUAACCUAUCGACGUGAAAAACCUGAAGAAAUAAAAAUAGAUCUCAGCAAAUUAAAUGCUCAUGAAACUUUCAGGUGUAACUUCUGAAAAGAUAAAUAAGUACUGUGUUGGAAACUGGAUUUCUGAUAAUCAGUCUUAAAAGUUCCAAUUUUAAAAGUCACAGGAGAAGACAAUGUCUACAUCUUGGUUGCUUGUUGUCCCCUAAAAUGAAGAUCGACAAGCAUCCUUAUCACCAUGUGACUCACAUCGCUGCUGAAUUUUUCAGAGGAAAAAAUGUGUCUUACUACUGUUUGAGACUAGUGUCAUUGUAGCACUUUACUGUAAUAUAUAACUUAUUUAGAUCAGCAUAGAAUGUAGAUCAUCUGAAGAGCACUGAUUACACUUUACAGGUACCUGCCAUUACUAUGCUUCUCAGAGAGAAUGCUGUGAGAUAGUUUUGGCAUUGUGUCACUACAAGGGUACAGUUCCCUGAAUCUACCAUUUGAAUGAUAAAUAAAAUAAAAUAAAAUAAUAAGGCAGCUAUGUUAAUGUUGCCAAACAAUUGGAAGUUAAUAAACAAAGAAGUCAGGUGAAUAAAUGGUUCACUCUUUUAACAGGUAAACAGAUAGGACAUUAAUCUUGAAGGAAAUUGACUUUGAAACUAGUUUUAUGCAUGUAUGUUUGUUUUCUUCUUUGUACUAGGUAGAUACUAAUCCCAACAUUCUUUCCUCUUUGCCUACAUUUUUUAUUUUUCUUUCUUACAGGAUAAAUUUAUAUGUCACAAAUGACUGGAUUAAAUAAGUGCUAAGUUACUACUGCCAUAAAAUCCUAAAAAUACAAUGUCACUUUUUUAGAAUAUUGGUUUUAAAGGAUGAAUGUUUAAUAAGGACACUGUAAAGUAACUUCAGAAUCUUAACAGCUUCAUUGUUUGCAGAUGUGGAGCUUUGUAUCUUUUUAGUGGUAAACUGGAUGGACUAUUUCACCAUUUUAUUUGCUCAAAUAUCAGGUUGAAAUUAAUAAUAUAUAAAAAAAGAAAUUAGCAAUGUAUUUAGAAACUCUACUCAAGCAAUAUGCCACCUUUUGAAUGAUUUUUCUCAGCUAUUUACUCAACAUAACUAUUAGCAUUUUUCAAAUGCAAAGUUAUAUUAAGCUAUAUUGUUAUUUUUCUCCUUCAGUAUGGCCUAGUGAUUCCCUUUUUCUAAGUCCUCUCUCCCCCCCCAUCCCACCACCAAAAUAUAUGGAAGUAUCCGACAGAAGUAGGAUAGACAAUAUCUUAUAAAUAAGCUAACUUAACCUUUUAUCAAUAAUUAGGAAACUGAGACUCAGAAAUUUUAAGUGAUAUCUCAAAAACCACCCAAGUAGUUAAGUGGCGAUAUUUGAAAAGAACAUGCUUUCUUAUUGCCAGGCCAGUAUUGAUUGUACAGUAUCUUGCUACCUCUUGAAUUUUUAAAAUAUUUAAUUGGCACUUGUUUUCAAUUGUUAUCUACUCAAGCCUUAAGUAUAUGAGAAUGAGAAAAUUCCAAAGCAAAACAGAAAAGAGUAGUUCAAACUGAAUUUUCUAUGGCUGGUUUCCAAGCUUUUCCUGCUAACAAACUUGUAAGAAACUUUAGCAAGACCUAUCUGCAGGAGAAUCCAUUUACACACUUUCUAGAUGUGAACAUUAUUACCCUUUGGAGUUGUAUAGUACUCAGCCUGGGAGCUUGAUACAGAGGCCAUGAACUUUUAUUUUGUCCGAGGCCAACUGCUUUACAGUUAUCAUUCCCUUGCAGGCUUAUUUAGUUUAUUUUAUUAGCUAAAAGUUCAGAAGCCUUGCAUCUAGAACUUUACCUCUGACAACAAAAGCUAUUAUUCAGUUUAUUACAUUUAACAUCCCAGAAUUUCUGUUUUCACGUACUUGAGUUGGCUAGACUGCUAUGUAGUUGCUUCUUAAUGAAGAAUAAAUACUACCAUAUAUUCUAAAUGUAAAGAUUUAAAACAUGUAAUAAAUCAUUAUGGAGCCAGCCAAUAAAGCAACUCCAUAAAACAAUCCCUACAGUGAAGUAAUUAUGACACUAAAUUGAAGGAUAUUCCCUUCACCAAAUGAAAGAUUGGAGAUUGACAUAACACAGUGCUGUGACUCACUUGAGUUAUAUUCCUCAGAUCAUCUAAGUAUAAUAUAAAAUUUUUAUAUUACAACUUGCCUGUUAAAUAUAAUAUCCUUUCUAAAAAAAUAAAAUAAAUGAACACUUGAUAGUUCUCUAAAUGGAAAUGGUGGGAAAUAUCCACAAAUUAAAAUUCCAAUAGUUCAUUAAAUGAACAUUAAUAUGUUCAUAAACUAUUAUAUUGAAUCAAAAAGAACAUAAUAAAAAGAAUACCUUUAACACCAAAAGUUGAUAUUUAAACACACUUUAUUUUGCACUAAUUUGUAAUGGAUCAAGGCUGUUAAUGUUAUAAGAAGGGACAAACUUCCCAAUAGGCAAUUCAGUGAUAGAUAAUUACUGUCAUUAAUGCUUGUGAUGUGUUGUACUUUCCUCUUCUUUACUUAAAAAUAUAAUGCUUAAAGGUUUUAGAAUUUGUUUAUAUUUUACUUGAAUAAUUGAUAUUUUUAUAGUGAUCUGAGAGAAGAAAAUGAAUAUUUGACUAGUUAGAAUUAUUAAAAGAUAAAGGAAAACAGGGUAUACUUAGACUAAAUAAUUUAUGUAAAUAGAGCCUAUUUUAAGCUAAUAUGACCACAGGAGCCUUUUGAGAUUCACUGAUAUUGAAUGCCAAUAAUGAAAUUUUAAAUGCCUAGCAAAAUUAAGAACUUGAACACUUUUAAUGACAGCAUUUUUUUCCUAAACUAUGUAAUGAUUGAGAAAUGUGCCAUAUGUAACACUACAAUGUAACUGUAUGUAUUUGCUCUUUUUUUGCAGACAUCCUUACACUGCAGUGUGCAUGAAUUUAGAAGAAUUUGAUAACUUUGUUUGGAAGUUUAGUUAUAUGUAUUAAAUCACAAACAUUCUAUGCAAGACUCAAAAAAAAUCACUGAAAACCUGAUUUUAUGCUAAUCUUUGUCUAAAUUUGCUUAUGUAAGUUAGGAAAUAUUAGGUUUCUCUGAGGGGAAAUUUUUUAAAACUCAAAAUUAAAACUAGUCAGUUAAUCAAAUGUAAUACUUAACUAAUUCCAAACUUAAUGAGUGCAUAGUUAAUCUCCAUGAUAACAUCUACAAGUAUACAUGAAAUACUGCAAUACGAUCAUAAUGAACUAUACAUAUUUUCUCAAAAAAUUGUCUUCCUCUUGAUACCUGGAUAAAUAUAUUAGUCUGUGAGUUUUUCUUACUCCUGUUUUUUUCCACUUACCUGUUUCCUAACAUACUAAACAAAGUUACAAGCUCAAACUGUGUGUGUGUGUGUGUGUGUGUGUGUGUGUGUGUGUGUGGCACGCAUGCUUGUGUGUGGGUAAAUAACCAAGGGAAAUGAUAUAACGACGUUCUUGAUUUCAAUACACUUUUUUAAAAUAAUUUUUAAAGUUAUUUUAAUCUAUGCUCCUGAAAAAAAAUAACCUUUAAAAACCUUAAGAUUUAAAAUUUUUAAAACUGAACAUAAUUCAAGUUUUCAAGGACUUGAAAUUUAUAUAUUUUCAUAAAAUUAUCAAGUGAAAUAUAGCUACUUGGAAUUCAGUGGUGUGCAUAUUUUAUUUUGUUAUGUUCUAACAUGUAAUUUUUAAUUACUUAUUUGUAUUGACAUUAAGCUUCAUUUCAUGCAAAGAAAAAUGCACAGUAUUUUCAGAGAAAUAUAGAACUAGUGUUCUUUCAGAUCAUUUCCCCUUCAUAACUUAUGUGUAACUGAUUAUAUAUGUAUAUACAUAUAUAUAUGUAUUUCAUUGUGUAUGAGACAUUGCCUUUCUAAUUUAACAUCUCUGAUAUUGUGAUGCAUCCUGUAAUUAUUGGCAGCUUUUGUGCAGUGUUAAAAGUUGUGCUUGAAUAAAUGUUACACUAAUUCGUUUUAACUAAAUGUUCUUAAGUAUAGGAACAUUCCUGUUAUAAAUAUUUGAGAAUCCAUUGGAUAACACAAGUCAGUUUUCAGUACAACUGAAACACAUGCAAAUCAUUAUGGAUCCUUAUAUGUGAUUAUUAGCUUAGAGUUUGCAUCUCCUUAGGUUAUGAAGUUCUCUUGUCUGUACUUUAUGGCUGUAUUGCAAUUUCAACAAAGCCUAUUUUUUUUUCCAACAAACCCUAAUUUAACGGCCAAGAGUGGGUGAAUUUCUCUCAGUUUUGUUAACAUUUUUUUUUUACUCAUGCUAUUCUCUUCUAAAUGAUCCUUCCAUGUGAUCAUCUCAUAUUUCAAAAGAAUCAACUGGAAAGUAUUACACAGAAUCACAGCAAUUAGAUUUUCUAGCAUCUGCAUGUCUUAUGUCAAUGACAAACGAAAAAUAUCAAACAAUCAGUACUGUUUUAAAAUAAACCUUUCCCUUUGCAAACGACUACAAUUUGCAUUCUUUAUUAUUUUCCUUCUCUUGAUUUUUCCUUUUGAAUUUUGUAAAUUUAACUGUAAGUACAUGUAGUGACUAUCAUAAGACUUCAUAUCUAAGCUAUUUGAAUUAUAUGAAAGAACUAUUCAUCUGUCUGGGCAGCUCUUAUUGAAAUACCUGAGAGUGAUAACACUACUCUUCUAAUCUACCUGGAAUACUUUCCUGAAUAAAAUUCACUGUGAGCCCAAGCAGUGACACACCCAGUUGAGCACACAUGCUACAAUGCAUAAGGGCCUGAGUUCAAGCCCUUGGUCUCCACUUGUAGGGGGGAAGCUUCACAAAUGGUGAAUCAACGUUGCAGUUGUUCCUCUUUAUCAUUUUCUAUCUCUCCUUAUCCUCUCAGUUUUUUAUGUUCUGUCCAAGAGAUGAAUAAAAUGUUUUAAAAAUCCAUCAUU